CUUCUCUCUCUCUCUUCGGACCAGGAAGUCACCUCUCCUUCCGGUCACCUGUUGCAUACCAGAACUUUGACUUCCAUUUCUCUUUUAUCGCUGCUUGGUAUUUGGGUAUAGAUCUCUACAUCUAUAGUUGUCUACUUUGAAUCCUGAAGGCCAAGUUUGGUCUUCUUUAUACUUUUCUUUCUUUAUUGAAAGGGGAACGUUAGGUGCCGAAGGAAUAAAUCAUUGCUUGAGAAUUUUAUCAAAUCAAAAUAUCUUCUGGUUCUUAGCUUAUCUUAGAAAGUUUAGAGCUAUAUUUACUGCUUCGGACAAGGCGAGAGGUCAGGAUUUUGUCAAGUGAGAAUAGUGGAAGAAUACAAAAAUCAUUUUGUUUGAUGGAGAGCUAUUUGAUUCAAAACUUUGAAGUUAAGCCUAAGAACUCAUCGGAGGAAGCAUUGCAGAGAUGGAGAAAGCUUUGCUGGUUAGUGAAGAAUCGGAAACGGAGGUUUCGUUUCACUGCUAAUCUCUCUAAACGCUUUGAGGCCGAAGCCAUCCGUCGCUCCAAUCAGGAGAAGCUUCGAGUUGCAGUUUUGGUCUCAAAAGCAGCUCUUCAGUUUAUCCAUUGUCUUAAUUUGUCCAAUGACUACACUGUACCUGAAGAGGUUGAAUCUGCCGGUUUUAAAAUUUGUGCUGACGAGUUGGCAUCAAUUGUUGAAGGACAUGAUGUAAAGAAACUGAAAAUUCAUGACGGCGUGGAGGGUAUUGCUGACAAACUCUCCACGUCAAUUGCUGAUGGCAUUUCAACUUCUGAGGAUUUGCUAAACAAAAGGAGGGAAAUUCAUGGAGUAAAUAAAUUCACUGAAAGCCCACCCCGGGGUUUCUUUGUUUUUGUUUGGGAAGCCCUUCAAGAUAUGACACUUAUGAUACUUGGUGUUUGUGCCUUUGUGUCCCUUAUUGUUGGCAUAGCUAUGGAAGGAUGGCCAAAGGGUGCCCAUGAUGGACUUGGAAUUGUUGCAAGUAUUCUCCUUGUUGUUUUUGUCACUGCCACGAGUGAUUAUAAGCAAUCUUUGCAGUUCAAAGAUUUAGACAAGGAAAAGAAAAAGAUAUCAGUUCAUGCUACUAGAGAUGGCUUCAGGCAGAAGGUCUCCAUUUAUGAUUUACUUCCUGGUGACAUUGUUCAUCUUUCCAUUGGAGACCAGGUUCCAGCGGAUGGACUUUUUGUUUCUGGGUUUUCUUUGUUAAUUAAUGAAUCCAGUUUGACAGGGGAGAGCGAACCAGUUCAGGUAAAUGCCACUAAUCCUUUUCUCCUUUCUGGUACCAAAGUUCAGGAUGGAGCAUGCAAAAUGCUUGUGACUACUGUUGGAAUGAGAACACAGUGGGGUAAACUAAUGGCUACACUCAGUGAAGGAGGAGAUGAUGAGACCCCACUUCAGGUGAAAUUGAAUGGAGUAGCCACUGUUAUUGGGAAAAUAGGCUUAUUUUUUGCUGUUGUGACAUUUGCUGUCCUGGUGGAAGGACUAUUUAGGCAUAAACUUCAAGAAGGAAGCCACUGGAUCUGGUCUGGUGAUGAUGCUAUGGCAUUGUUGGAAUUUUUUGCUAUCGCUGUUACAAUUGUUGUGGUUGCAGUUCCUGAGGGCCUUCCUUUGGCUGUGACAUUAAGUCUUGCUUUUGCCAUGAAGAAAAUGAUGAAUGAUAAGGCACUUGUUCGCCAUCUAGCUGCUUGUGAGACCAUGGGGUCUGCCACAACUAUCUGCAGUGACAAAACUGGGACACUAACAACUAACCAUAUGACUGUUGUAAAAGCAUGCAUUUGUGGGGAAAUCAAGGAAGUUAGCAGCUCCAAGAGUACUCUUAAUUUUGGGUCUGCAAUUCCGAAUUCUGCAUUUAGAAUUCUACUUGAAUCAAUAUUUAAUAACACUGGGGGAGAAAUUGUUAGUAAUAGAGAUAACAAAGUUGAGAUACUGGGUUCGCCCACUGAAACUGCUCUUUUAGAAUUGGGGCUGCUACUUGGAGGAAAUUUCCAAGAAGAAAGAGAAAAAUCAAAAAUUGUGAAAGUUGAACCAUUCAACUCUACAAAGAAGCGAAUGGGUGUAGUUUUAGAGCUUCCUAAUGGAGGUUUUCGGGCACAUUGUAAGGGAGCCUCUGAAAUCAUUUUAGCUGCUUGUGACAAAUUUAUAAACAGAGAAGGUGAGGUUGUUCCCCUUGAUGAAGCAUCCACCGAUUAUUUGAAGAAUACAAUUGAACAAUUUGCUAGUGAAGCUCUUCGAACUCUUUGCCUUGCUUACUUAGAAAUUGGAAGUGAAUUCUCUGCUGAGAGCUCUAUUCCUUCCAAAGGAUAUACUUGCAUAGGUAUUGUGGGAAUUAAAGAUCCAGUGCGCCCUGGUGUCAAGGAGUCUGUUGCAAUUUGCAGAUCAGCUGGAAUUGUGGUGCGGAUGGUCACUGGAGACAACAUAACAACUGCAAAGGCCAUCGCUAGAGAAUGUGGAAUUUUGACUGAUAAGGGAAUAGCAAUUGAAGGACCUGAAUUCCGGGAGAAGAGCGAGGAAGAGUUGCUAGAACUUAUUCCAAAAAUUCAGGUGAUGGCCCGAUCUUCACCGUUGGAUAAGCAUAUGCUAGUGAAGCACCUACGAACAACUUUUGGGGAAGUUGUUGCUGUGACUGGUGAUGGUACAAAUGAUGCUCCAGCACUUCAUGAAGCAGACAUUGGGCUUGCAAUGGGCAUUGCUGGAACUGAGGUGGCAAAGGAAAGUGCUGAUGUCAUAAUUUUGGAUGACAACUUCUCCACAAUUGUGACUGUGGCAAAAUGGGGCCGUUCAGUUUAUAUAAACAUUCAAAAAUUUGUUCAGUUUCAAUUGACUGUUAACGUAGUUGCCCUGAUUGUCAACUUUUCUGCAGCCUGUUUGACAGGUAAUGCUCCCUUAACUGCUGUUCAACUUCUCUGGGUCAAUAUGAUCAUGGAUACUCUAGGAGCACUAGCACUAGCCACAGAGCCUCCUAAAGAGGACCUGAUGAAGAGAUCACCAGUUGGCAGGAAAGGAAAUUUCAUAAGCAAUGUAAUGUGGAGGAAUAUUCUGGGGCAGUCGAUGUAUCAGUUUGUGAUGAUAUGGUAUCUUCAGACAAGAGGAAAAGAAAUUUUUCAUCUUGACGGCCCAGAUUCUGAUUUAAUAUUGAACACGCUUAUUUUUAAUGCAUUUGUCUUUUGUCAGGUUUUCAAUGAGAUAAGCUCCAGGGAAAUGGAAACGAUAAAUGUCUUUAGAGGGAUAUUGACGAACUACGUAUUUGUGGCUGUACUGACUUGCACUGUCUUCUUCCAAAUUAUCAUUGUUGAGUUCCUCGGUACAUUUGCAAACACAUCUCCUCUCAGUUGGCAACAAUGGUUUUUUACCAUUUUCCUCGGUUUCCUUGGCAUGCCAAUUGCAGCUGCCAUAAAGAUGAUACCAGCGGGAUCAAACUGAUACCUGAUAAAUGCGCUAGGUACUUUUCUUGUCAUCCAAAUGCCCGCAUCUGAAAUGCAAUUUUCAUGACCCAUUCUUUAUCAUUAUUUUUUUCAUCACCUCAUCGUACAGCUGUAGCAUUGAUGGGUUUGUAGAAUUUUUUUUUCCACAUGAAGUUGAAAGUCUAGCCAAAGAUUGGUUUCGACUGCUUAGAAAUGAUGUUGAUUAUAAGCACAGAAUCUGAUUUACAUGGCAAACUUGUUCUAACUGACUGCUGUAGCUUGUGUAGCCAAAUUAAAUCAUCUCGGAAAAGGGGAGGAUUAUUCAUGUCGUGCGGUCCAUUAAACCAUCUCAUGAACCAAAAGAGAAACUAUUAAAGUUUUUAGGAGAAAUUAUUAUAUGGUUUUAUGCAGCGAA